AUGUACAGCAGCGAUGAAGCACUCAAAGACGCUCCACUGGCUACUAAUCCGGUUACAGUGGCUACUCCUGUUGUCGAGCCGCAGAUCGAACAAAUGAUACCAGUACAACAAGACCCGCCAAAACCGUCAGUUGUGAAGUGCAGAGUCACCGAAAACAUCGAUUCUGAGACGUCUCCGCUCGUUGAAGUUAAAGGUGUGAAUGGCUUAUUCAAUUCUGUCCUUGUUGGAUAUCAGGACCCUGAGAGCCUGACACAUGAAAAUAAGGGAAGUUUUUUUGGAUGGAGCACUGUUAUAAAUGCACAGAAAGGCAAUAAAGCGUGUUUUACUUUUAAUGCGAACUUCGUUCCCAUCAGAACGAAGAUCCAUCCUACAUCAUACUGCGCGCUGAUAAUUCAACCUCCUUUGAUGGCAAGCUCCGAAAUAUUGGAGGCAUUCAAAUCUCCACCGCGAAGUGUUAGACGGUCUUUGACAUCAACUGACGCACUAGCGAAGUAUUUGAAGGAGAAGAAAUCGUCGAUAGUAACAUCGUGUUGUUUUCUGGCGCAGGCAAACGUUGGUCUCUAUGAUACAAUCUGA